AUGGAGACGCCACUCGCGCAAGCCUUCCACCCGACACCGGCGUCACACACGCUGGAGGACGAGCUGUAUCCGUUCCUCGAAGGAGAGGCCGUCGACUCACCCGAGAACGAGUUCUUCCUGAGUGGGUAUCCCUCCUCAAUCGCCGACUUGGACUUCGCCGCUACUGUGCAGGCGCUACCCACGCACCAGAACGAUACGACACCUUCCUCCUCCCCCGAGCAGCCCACAUCCUUCAGCGAUGGCCUACUGCACCAACCUCUGAACCUUCCGUUGUCCCCGUCGGCCUUCCGCGAUCCUCCGAAGGUACAGAAGCCAUUAUUUGGUGCAUCACCCCACAAAACCUCGCGGCCACGCAGCCGUCAACGUGCGCGUCCCCGCGUGGCAUCGGCACCGAGUCCUACACGCUCGUAUUCGCCCACAUACUCGCCGCCGUCAAGCGUGAACGGCAGCGAUGGGGGCGGCUUCAGUCUAAAGGACUCGGAAGAGAUCCUCAAUGCGCCCGUAAAGAGCCUCACGGAAGAGGAGAAGAAGUUGCGGCGCCGUGCACAAGUGGCCAAGUCCGCAAGGAAGCACCGUAACCGUCAGAAAGAGGAGCUGACGAGGCUCAGAGAGCAAGUACAGAUGCUACAGGAGCAGAUGGCCAUCAUGGCCCACCAUCAAGGCUCCAGCUCCCCCACCAGCAUCAAACGUGAACAGGACGUGAUCACACAACACCGCAAACGCAAGAAAGUGGACGAAGACGAGGAGAUAUUGCGCAAUGGCGUGCUCACGAACCUGAACGUCGGUCUCAUCUCGAUGCCUUCACAGAAGCCACACAUCCAGCACUGGUAUCACCGUUUGCCUAUUGACACGCUCGAGCGAUCGACCAUGCUAACGCGUAUUGCCGAUAAGCGUAUGGCGAUUGGAGAGCAAUACAUUCGUGCUGAAUUUGGCGCUGGGACGUCGUAUCCGUUGACGGAUAUCAAGCUGAACUCGAACGGGCCGGAUCUGGAGAUCAAACAAGUGCGCGGACGACUGGUGUCGGGUUUCACCCAUCACGAAGUGGGCGAAGCGUGCUGGAACUCGUUCUCCAACUUCUUGUUCGACGUUCCCGAGAGAUUCCGACGCCAUGUGACGUGUGAACGCCUCAUGGAGCUGGAUUCCAACACUCGCUAUGGACGCACGAUCGUCCCGCUGCUUCGGGAUCACAAAGGCCGCAUCGUCUACUUCCAUUCGUAUUUUCUAGUGCGACGACACGUGCGUGACGACUACGUGAUGAUCACGUGGGAGACCAUCACAGAUGACGAUCUGUAUCCGCCUCCAGCUGAUGAGAGCCCAGAGACGACAUUGCGCAACGACGAAGUUGGCUGUAUGAUUCUAGAGUCAGAGCGCAUGCCAGACCAGGGGGUACGCACCACGUUCCGUUCCAUCACACACAGCACUCCGCCUGUUGGAGUUAUGACACACCCGCGUGGCAAAGUGAAUGAGGCGUUCCUGACGGUGUUUUGCCGCAACGCCGACACAGUCGAGAACUCCGCGUGGAACCUGCUGAUGAAAACACACCCAGAGCGCGUGCCCAAAGCGGAAGUUGUCGUUUGA